AUGAAGCUUUCCAUCCCCUUUGCUACUCUUGUUAGUGCAGCAUCCUUUAUGGGAGGCGCUGACGCUUUAAGAGUUCCAGACUUUCAACAAGUCUUUGACCUCGGACAUGGCGCCAUUGAUCAAGCAAUUAAGUUUGGUCAAGACGCUCUGUCUGCUUAUGGUAGUGGUCCAUUGUUACAAACCAUUGCUUCUUAUUUGAACUUGGACUUGAAUACUCUUACCCCGGAAAUGCACUCUGUAUGGGAUGAAUUGGUCACUAAGUUCCCACUGACUAUCUCUAAGAUGCAACUCAAACUGUCUGUUCCAAAGGGUAGAAAGUUCAGAAAGGCCAGCUUUGACUUUCAUGUUGCCGACACCAAAUUCCCUGAUCACAAGUUGAGAGUCAAGUCUACUCCAGCAGAUUUAGGUGUUGAUACUGUUAAACAAUAUUCUGGUUAUUUGGAUGUUGAAGACGAAGAUAAGCACUUUUUCUAUUGGUUCUUUGAAUCCAGAAAUGACCCUAAAAAUGACCCCAUUAUCUUGUGGUUGAAUGGUGGACCAGGUUGCUCUUCAAUGACUGGUUUAUUUUUUGAAUUGGGUCCAGCUUCUGUUGGUGAGAAGUUGAAGCCAAUUAACAAUCCUUAUUCAUGGAACAACAAUGCCUCUGUUAUCUUUUUGGACCAACCAGUUAAUGUCGGUUACUCUUAUUCCUCUUCUUCUGUUUCUAACACUGUCGCUGCUGCUAAGGAUGUCUAUGCCUUUUUGGAAUUGUUCUUUAAGCAAUUUCCAGAAUAUAAUAAGAAGCAAGAUUUCCACAUUGCUGGUGAGUCAUAUGCUGGCCAUUAUAUUCCUCAGUUUGCUUCUGAGAUUUUAUCUCAUAAAGACCGUUCAUUCGAAUUGUCAUCAGUGUUGAUUGGUAAUGGUUUAACUGAUCCAUUGGUUCAAUAUGAAUACUACCAACCAAUGGCAUGUGGUAAGGGAGGUUAUCCAUCUGUUUUAGAUCCUGAAGAAUGUGAUGCGAUGGAAAAUCUGUUACCAAGAUGUUUGUCGUUAAUUGAAUCAUGUUAUGAAAGUGGUUCUAUCUGGUCAUGUGUUCCUGCUACUAUCUAUUGUAACAAUGGACAACUUCUGCCAUACCAAAGAACCGGUAGAAAUGUUUAUGAUAUUAGAGGUAUGUGUGAAGACUCAAACUUAUGCUACAAGGAUUUGAAGUACAUUGAUCAAUAUUUAAACCAAGAUUUUGUUAAGGAAAGAUUAGGUGCAGAAGUUGAUAGUUUUGAAAGUUGUAACUUUGAUGUCAAUAAAAACUUUAUGUUGGCUGGUGAUUGGAUGAAACCUUACCAAAAGAAUGUUGUUGAUUUGUUGGAAUCUGGAUUACCAGUAUUGAUCUACGCAGGUGAUAAGGACUUUAUUUGUAACUGGUUGGGUAACCAAGGUUGGACAGACAGAUUACAAUGGUCAGGUAGUGAUGGGUUUGCUGUUACACCCGUUAAGGAUUGGAAAUUAGGCAAGAAAACCAUUGGUGAAGUUAAGAACUAUAAGAAUUUGACAUUCUUGAGAAUCUUUGCUGGAGGACAUAUGGUUCCAAUGGAUCAACCUGAAAACUCCUUAGAUAUGGUGAACAGGUGGAUUGCAGGAGAUUGUAAGUUUUAA